AUGGCUUCCAUGAGAUCCACGAGUUUCGAAAUUUCUCACUUUGAUCAAGCCAUAAAAUCAUCCGUUUCUAAGCUUGGCGACAAACGUAUAAAAGAAAUAACUUCCCUACAAAGAAAAGUCAUACUUGGUUUCCUUAAAGGCCGUGAUACGUUUGCGUGUCUCCCGACGGGCUACGGCAAAUCUUUAAUUUACCAACUAGCAGUACGAGUGGCUGCCGAGUUAUCUGUUGUUUACAAUUACAAGGAUCUCUUCUCUUCAGAACCAGUGGUUUUAGUUGUCUCUCCUUUGAAUGCCCUUAUCAAGGACCAGUUAUCGUCUUGUGAGAAGCUAAGGAUCAACGCUACCAAAAUAGAAGGCUCCGAGUUGCCAUCCUUAGAAGGCACUGAAAUUGUCUACGUUAGCCCGGAAACUUUAAUUGGAAACACGCAGAUUCUUCUACAACUUGGAGAGCGCCUGCUUGGGAUAGUUGUUGACGAGUCUCACUGCGUGAAUAACUGGUAA